AUGGCUGGAAAGCAGCUGGACGCUCCAGGGGCCAGCCCGUUCCCCACGGAAGCGUGGCCUCCUCGCAUUCGAAAGCCACCGGCAGCCCUCCUUGAGGCGGCCAAGCUGUACCACACCAACUACGUGCGGAACUCGCGGGCCAUCGGCGUGCUCUGGGCCAUCUUCACCAUCUGCUUUGCCAUCGUCAACGUGGUGUGCUUCUUCCAGCCGUACUGGAUCGGCGACGGCGUGGAGACCCCGCAGGCGGGCUACUUCGGGCUCUUCCACUUCUGCACGGGGAGCGGCAUCUCCCGGGAACUCACCUGCCAGGGCAGCUUUACGGACUUCUCCAGCCUUCCCUCGGGAGCCUUCAAAGCCGCAUCCUUCUUCAUCGGGCUCUCCAUGACGCUCAUCAUCACCUGCAUCGUCUGCUUCAUCCUCUUCUUCUUCUGCAACACCGCCACCGUCUACAAGAUCUGCGCUUGGAUGCAGCUGACCUCCGAAGAUGGCAGCUUGUCUAUGCCUAGAAGGUAAAGAGAGUUGGACAUGGCUGGCACCUGGAGUAGGGAGCUUCAGAGAAUCCCAG